GCGAAAUAGUUUCUCCACCUCUUUAAAAUUUAUUUCGGAAAAGCUGAGCUCGAGGAAAUGAACAACAUAAAACUUUGAACCACACAUUCAAAGAAGCUUGACUGCACAUACACAAUCUUACAUAUUACUGUGCUCAUUUUAUUGGAUGCAGUAUUGAUAGUCAAUUGAUAGCAUGCUUAUAUUCUGAGAAACGAAAUCAAUCUCUCGGGUCGGAAUCAACGAAUUCAUCGAGAUAGAGCAUCAUUGAUACUACAUCGAGGCGCACCCAGUCCGUCACACCGGCUGAUCUCUUGAAGAGUUGAAUAUACGAGAGAGGAAGAAAUAGAGUCAAAAUGGUUCAAGGCGCACUUAAAUCGACGAAGAGCGCAUUGGCGGGCGGGAACCGAGCGAAUGGGGCGGGGAAAAAGGCGGCGUUGGGACCGAAGAAGGGACAGAGGGUUAUUAAGGCGAAGAAGGAUGGAUUAAGGAGGAGUGAGGUUUUGAGAAAGAAACAUUCAGCAGGUCUCACAGCCAUGACGGAAAAGACACUCGGUGCGAAAGCAGGUCAUCUGGAAUUGUUGGGAGUAGGAAAGAAGAGUAAGGGAAAGGAUGGGAAGAAUGCUGGAGAGACCAAGGGGAAGGGAAAUGCGGGGGCUACAAUCCAUGGAGGCGAGAAGGGAGGAACGAGGAAAUUUGGUUAGAGGGCUGUGGUGCUGUGUUGAGGGAAGGACAGGUGAUGAUGACGAGAAUGAGAUCGGAUGAGGAACUUAUUUAAUUGGUAUUGGUUUGGAGUUUGGUUGGCGCUUUUGGAAGGAUUGGCGUAUGAGGGAUAGGGUCAGGGCUAGGGAUAGGGAUAUGAGAGGUGGGAUUGGAGAUGUAUUAAAAUCUUGAAGGUUUACACAUACAUACUUAUGCACGGAUUGAAAGCGAGAUUCGAUAUUUCUCAUGAAUACACAUACACAUACACAUCAGAAUGAAAAGCAAACUUCACUUCUUUGCCAAGAAUAUAUGUAAUAAAUAU